CGAUCCCGGCGCCCUCCCGCACACUCCCGCCCUUUCCCUUCUACCCUCACCCACCCAAUCAGUUCGUUACACAACAUCAAGCUACAGACAGAGAGGAAAAAGAAAAGGAAAACAAAGAGAAUCAUGCAUCCACCAACCAAGCCCCUCCGCCUGGCGAUCCUCGAAGCCGACACGCCAGCCCCAAAAACCCACGCGCGCUACGGCGGCUACCUGGGCGUGUUCCGGCACCUGUUCGAGCGCGCGGUGGCGCCGGCGCCUCUCUCGGCCGUGCUGACCCUGACGGGCCACGACGUGGUGCGCGACCCGGGCGGCGCCUACCCGUCGCUGGACGACGUCGACGCGGUGCUGGUGACGGGCUCCAAGCACGACGCGUUCGCCGACGACCCGUGGAUCACGGCGCUGGUCGAGUACGUGCGGCGCGCGCUCGCGCACGGCCGCGUGCGCGUCGUCGGCGUCUGCUUCGGCCACCAGAUCGUCGCGCGCGCCAUGGGCGCGCUGGUCGGGCGCAGCGAUCGCGGCUGGGAGGUCAGCGUCACCGAGACCAGGCUGACCGAGAAGGGGCGGGAGCUGUUUGGGAGGGAGACGCUGCAAAUCCAGCAGAUGCACCGCGACCAGGCGUUCAGCGUCCCUGCGGGCGCUGAGCUGCUCGCGUCCACCAACAAGUGCAUGAACCACGGGUUCAUCAUCCCCAAGCGGGUCAUCACCGUCCAAGGGCAUCCCGAGUUCACCGAGGACAUCAUGCGGGAGCUCCUCGAGACGCGGCACGCAAGCGGCCUGUUCACGGACGAGCUGUAUGAGAGCGGCGUAGCGCGGAACGGGGACCACCACGACGGCGUGCUGAUGGCCCAGGUAUUCAUCAAGUUCCUGCAGGAGCAAUAAUACAAACAGACCCGCAAUCGUGUUUGCUACGCAACCCGGAAAAAUCUGGCAGAUCCUCGCGCCAAGUGCGAUCGCCCGGCAAUCACCUGCAUGAUCACCCCCAUU